AUGGAGGUGCCAAACAUUGAAGUGAGAUUUCAAAAUUUGACAAUUGGAGCUGAAGUUCAUAUUGGUACAAGAGCUCUACCAACUUUGAUCAAUUACACACGAGAUGCUCUUGAGGGUUUUGUUUUUGGGAUAGGUGGGCCUAAAAGACAUUCUUUGACCAUCUUGAAUGAUAUCAAUGGUGUCAUCAAACCUGGAAGGAUGACAUUGUUAUUAGGACCUCCAGGAUCUGGCAAAACUACUUUACUUUUGGCUCUUGCUGGAAAACUCGGAGAUGACCUCAAGAAAAAGGGUUGUAUAACAUACAAUGGACAUGAGCAAAAUCAAUUUUCUAUUCAAAGGGCUUCUGCAUACAUUAGCCAAAUUGAUAAUCACAUUGGAGAAUUAACAGUGAGAGAAACUUUUGAUUUUGCAAAUAGAUGUCAAGGUUCCGGUGAUCCAGAGUUACUGAAAACUCUGGAAAGCUUAGAAAAGGAGAGAAAUGUGAUGCCAAGUCCAGAAAUUCAUGCAUUUAUGAAGGCAUCAUGUGUUGGUGGCAAAAGGCACAAUGUGAUGACAGAUUAUAUUCUGAAAGUACUUGGUCUUGAUGUAUGUUCUGAUACUGUUGUUGGUAGUGAUAUGAUAAGGGGGAUAUCUGGUGGCCAAAAGAAGAGAGUGACAACAGGAGAAAUGAUUGUGGGACCAAGAAAAACUUUGUUUAUGGAUGAAAUAUCAACUGGACUUGAUAGCUCUACAACAUUCCAAAUAGUAAAAUGCCUAAGAAAUUUUGUUCAUCAAAUGGAAGCUACUGUACUAAUGGCUCUUCUUCAACCUGCACCAGAGACAUUUGAGCUCUUUGAUGAUAUAAUACUUUUAUCUGAUGGACAUAUAGUAUAUCAAGGUCCUAGAGAAAAUGUGGUAGAGUUUUUCGAAUCAUUAAAUUUCAAACUCCCACCGCGCAAAGGGGUUGCAGAUUUUCUUCAAGAGGUAACAUCUAAAAAAGAUCAAGCACAAUACUGGGCUGAUUCGUCAAAGCCAUAUGAAUAUAUUUCGGUACCAGAGAUUGCAGAAGCCUUUAGAAAUUCCAAAUUUGGAAAGUCUAUGGAAGCUAUGUAUACUGCUCCCUAUGAUAAAUCAAAAAGUCAUCCUUCAGCUUUGCCUAAAAAAAAUUUUGCUGUCUCAAAUUAUGAUCUUUUUAAGGCUUGUUUGUCGCGAGAAUUGACUUUGCUCAACAGAAAUAGAUUUCUUUACAUUUUCAGAACCGGUCAGGUUGCAUUUGUUGGAUUUGUCGUGUCCACGAUGUUCCUACAAAUAAAAAAUUAUCCUAAAAACGAAGUUUAUGGAAAUCUCUACCAAUCUUCACUAUUUUAUGCACUGGUGCACAUGUUGUUUAAUGGGACUUCUGAGUUGUCUCUUCUGAUAUUUCGGCUACCUGUCUUUUAUAAACAAAGAGGAAAUUUAUUUUAUCGAACAUGGUCAUGGACAUUGUCAACAUGGAUUCUUCAAAUACCUUAUUCCAUUAUGGAAGCUGUUGUGUGGACUUGUGUUGUAUACUAUACCAUUGGAUUUGCUCCUGGUGUUGGGAGGUUCUUCCGAUACAUGUUUUUGUUGUUCUGGGUGCACCAAAUGGCAUUAGGCCUCUUUCGGCUUAUGGCUGCUCUCGGACGUGAUAUGAUCGUUGCUAAUACAGUCAGUUCGGGUGCAUUGAUGAUUUUAUUCUUGCUGGGAGGAUUUGUUAUCCCAAAAGGUAUGAUUAAGCCAUGGUGGGCUUGGGGUUAUUGGUUAUCACCUCUUAAUUACGGACAAAGAGCAAUUUCAGUCAAUGAAUUUACUGCCACAAGAUGGGAAGAGCCUUCGGCUUUAGGAACCGACACAGUUGGUCACAAUAUACUCAAAUCGUUCAAUUUACCAAUCGAAGAUUACUGGUUUUGGAUUAGUUUGGGAGUUUUAGCACUCUACACAUUAGUUUUCAACAUCUUGACCACUUUGGCACUGACCUAUUUGAACCCACUCACAAAACCAAGAGCAGUUUCUCAGGAUGAGGACUCACAAAAUAGUUCUGAUAAAGUUGAUAAUGAAUCAACAAAAAGUUCCAAAAAGAAAGGAAUGAUUCUUCCUUUUGAACCAUUGACAAUGACCUUCCACAAUGUCAAUUAUUAUGUCGAUAUGCCUCCAGAGAUAAGAAAACAAGGUGUAACAGAAACUAGGUUGAAGCUUCUAUCAAAUGUGAGCGGUGUUUUUGCACCUGGUGUACUUACGGCAUUAAUGGGAUCAAGUGGAGCUGGGAAAACCACUUUGAUGGAUGUGCUUGCAGGAAGGAAAACAGGAGGAUAUAUUGAGGGUGAUAUUAAAAUAUCUGGUUAUCCGAAAGUGCAACACACAUUCGCCAGAAUAGCCGGAUACGUUGAGCAAAAUGACAUACAUUCUCCUCAAAUGACAGUUCAGGAGUCUCUAUGGUUUUCUGCAUCAUUACGGCUUCCAAAAGAAGUGGGCAACGAUAAAAAGCAAGAAUUUGUUGAACAAGUAAUGAAACUAGUUGAACUUGAUAGUUUAAGACAUGCUAUAGUUGGAAUGGCCGGCACUUCUGGCUUAUCAACAGAGCAGAGAAAGAGAUUGACAAUUGCAGUGGAACUUGUUGCAAACCCUUCUAUAAUUUUCAUGGAUGAACCUACUUCCGGACUUGAUGCACGUGCGGCUGCCAUUGUUAUGAGAACUGUUCGCAAUACGGUUGAUACUGGAAGAACUGUUGUUUGUACUAUACAUCAACCAAGUAUUGAUAUAUUCGAAGCAUUUGAUGAGUUACUUCUUAUGAAACGUGGAGGACAAGUUAUCUAUGGGGGGAAGAUUGGUAACCAAUCAAAUGUGAUGAUAAAUUAUUUUCAGAGUAUCAAUGGAAUCUCCCCAAUUUCCAGUGGCUACAAUCCAGCUACUUGGAUGCUUGAGGUUACCACACCUGCUAUUGAAGAAAAAAUUGGUGUAGACUUUACAGAUGUUUACGAAAAUUCUGAACAAUUCCGGUCGGUGGAAGCUGCGAUUAGACAAUACGAACAACCAUCUCCUGACUCACAACCAUUGAAGUUUGCCACACUGUAUUCACAAAAUACAUGGUCACAAUUUGAAAAGUGUUUAUGGAAGCAGAAUAUUUUGUAUUGGAGAAAUCCAUCAUACAAUGCAAUAAGGAUGUUUUUUACAAUAUUGUCCGCUUUGUUAUUAGGUUCGAUAUUUUGGAAUAUUGGUUCAAAAAGAGAAACAACUCAACAAGUGAUGGUAAUUAUGGGUGCCUAUUUUUCUUCAUUAUUGUUCCUUGGGGUGAAAAAUGCAUCUUCUGUACAACCGGUUGUAUCAGUCGAAAGGACAGUGUUUUAUAGAGAGAAAGCAGCUGGAAUGUACUCUCCAAUUGCUUAUGCAUUAGCUCAGGGGCUGGUGGAAAUCCCAUACCAAGUUGUUCAGACAUUAGUAUUUGGUAUAAUGACAUAUUUCAUGAUGGGUUUUGAAAGGAAUUUUGGAAAGUUUAUACUAUAUCUUUGGUUCAUGUUCCUCACAUUUACCUAUUUCACAUUUUACGGCAUCAUGGCUGUUGGUCUUACACCUACCCAACAUCUCGCAGCUGUUACUUCUUCUGCAUUUUACUCUCUAUGGAAUCUUGUUUCAGGUUUUAUUAUUCCAAAAGCGUAUAUUCCUGGAUAUUGGCUUUGGUUCCAUUAUCUCUGUCCAGUUUCUUGGACACUUCGCGGUAUCAUAACAUCUCAAUUCGGAGAUGUACAAGAUAUAAUUGAAGGACCGGGAUUUAAGGGAACUGUGAAACAAUAUAUAUCUGUUUCACUUGGGUAUGAUGAUACAAUUAAUGGAGUUUCAGCAGUGUGGAUUUCAGCAUUUGUGCUUGUUGGCUUUGUUAUAUUCUUCUUUGGUUCCUUUGCUAUAUCGGUUAAAGUAUUGAAUUUCCAAAAGAGAUGA